GAGGUGGAGAAGGAGUGCAGGUGUGGUAAAUACAGGAAGUUGAUGCCGUGUCAUAAAGAAUACCUGUGUGACUCCAAAUGUCCAAAAACCAGAAGCUGCCAGAGACACCAGUGCAGGAGGAAGUGUUGCCCUGGUAACUGCCCUCCGUGCGACCAGAGCUGUGGUCGGACUCUGGGGUGUCGCAACCACAAGUGUCCCUCCGGCUGUCACCAAGGUAGUUGUUAUCCCUGUCCGGAGUCGGUGGAGGUCAGGUGUACAUGUGGUUCCACCGGCUUGGCCGUCCCCUGUGGGCGAGAACGGAGCACCAAACCGCCUCGCUGCAAAGAGACCUGCAGGAGUCCUCCAUCCUGCCACCACCUGACCAGAGAGACCCACCGGUGCCACCCCGGGCCCUGCCCCCCCUGCAGACAGCCCUGCCUACUGCUGCUGCCCGGCUGCAGCCACACCUGCCCGCAGCCCUGCCACGACAUGGUGCUGGUCAAGUCCCAACAGGUGCAGCUAGCGGGUCCGUGGGAGCAGCCGUCUGAACCAGCCUUUGUGAAGAAAGCUCUGCCCUGUCCGCCAUGUCAAGUACCGAUACCAACAGCCUGUUUUGGGGAACAUGAGGUCAGCCCGGUGCCGUGUCAUCGCCGGGGGCGGUUCUCCUGUACGCGACCUUGCGGACGACCUUUGACCUGCGGAAACCACGACUGCAGCAGGGAGUGCCACCUGGUUACCAACGGCAACAAGGUGAUGACACACCCAGUGUUUGUAGUUGUAGCGCCCCCUGGUGGUGGGUUCCAGGUCCUUAUAUGGACGUAUCCAAUGAGAGUUAUCAUUGGCCCAAUGGUUGUUGACUUAUAUCGAGUUAUGUUUCAAGCCACGCCCCCUUUGAAGCUCAUUGGUCAAUAUCUUGAAAACUAA